UAAAAACGAGAGCACCGUUUGAUUGCGGAAGUUUUGAUUCUUAAGAAGGUCAUAUUGAUCCGGAUUACAGAUUUCAAGGAGGAAUCAAAUAUUUUGUUAUUUAACCAUUGUUUUUUUUUAUCUUGUCUUUGAGCCUGUCUGUUUUUGUCUAACGUAUAGUACUAUCUAUGGCACCAAUGUCUAAAAAGAGUUCAAAAACUUCACUGAAAUCCUCAUCAUCAAGAUCAUCAUUAUGGUCAAUCACCUCGAGAAGUUCUCGCUCAUCCUUGCCCAGUAUUCCAGUGGAAAACAAUGAAACAAAUGCUUCUCCUCCUGUACCUCCACCAAGGAAAAAGAAAAAAGCUAAAGAUGAAAACAAAAGGAAGGACAGAUUGGAGUAUAUGAAGAAGAGGAGGGAAGAGCAUUACCAAUGGCAACAAGACGUUCACAAACAACAAGAAGCAGAGUUACAAAAGGCAGAAGAAAACAAAAAUUCAAAGUUGAAACAGAAAAGUUUUGAGGGUUUUAAGAAACUUAGCCCUAGUUUACACAGCAUGGAACUAAGGGAGCGAAAAAGAAAGAGGGAUGAUCAGCUUGACAUUUGUGAUAGUCCAUCACAAAUUAACCACCAGAAGAAGGCCAAGCAAGAAGAUGGCACUACCAUGAAUUUCCAAUAUGGGACAUUGUCUCGAAACAGAAAAAGAAGAAGCGAUGGUGAUGACAUCAGCAUUUGCAGUCUUAACAUUAAGCCAUCUAAGAGUCGCUGGAAGAAGAAGGAUGAUGGGGACAACAUCAGCAUUUGCAGUCUUAACAUAAAGUCUGGACGUUUUUGGCAAAACUUAUUUGAUAAAUAAGAAAACUUCUUUUUUCCC